CUCAGCAGCAACAAUGUCCUGCACCAUCAGGUACAGAGGUCACGUCGCCAUCAUCACCAUCGACAACCCUUCUAAGCUAGGUGCGUUGACACAGGAAAUACAGAUUCAACUGGGACAUCAUUUGAGGGAAGCUGCCGAUCGUAAAGACGUCUACGUUACUCUUUUGGCCGGUACAGGAAGAUUUUUUUCCUCAGGAGCGGAUAUUCGUGAGCAGGGUCAUGACGUCCCAGCCGACGAAGACGGAAGGCGUCAUCAUGUUCACCACAUGGCCGACCUCCUCGAUCUCGCGCAGACAUUCUACACCCACCCAAACAUCCUCGUCACCGCGUUGAACGGUCCCGUCGCGGGACUCGCGUCGGCCUUGGUGUCACAUUCGGAUUUCAUCUACGCCGCGCCGCACACCUACCUCCUGGCCCCCUUCAACUCCAUCGGGAUCGUGGUCGAGGGGGCCGCGACGAAAUCCAUGGUCGGUCGUAUGGGACCCGGCCUGGCCAAAGAGGCCCUCCUCAUGGCGAAGAAAAUCCCCGUCGAUCGGCUACUCGCGUGCGGGUUCGUGAAUGGCGUCUUCGAGGCCGACGCUUCGGGCAAGGACGCCGAACGCUUCACAGACACCGUCUUCACCGAGAUUUGUGAGGGGAGACUGGGCACGCAUCUGAGCUCGGCGAGUUUGUUGAGGACCAAACAGGUCAUGUCGAGGUUCGACGAGAUCGCCUACGACGCCCAUUCGGUCCGGGAAUUCGUGGGCGGUGUCGAGGCCCUCCAACGUGGGUAUCCUCAAGAGCAGUUCCGCAAAAUGAUACGAGGAGAGAAGAGGCACAAGUUGUAGAUUUUUUUUAUUUGGUUCUUGGUAUCUGCAUAUCUCUAAUCUGGUGUUGAAAUGAAGUGAAGAUUUGCUACUCGUUUUCAUCCUCAAACUUGCUCGAGAGGACUUUGGAUCCAGUUUGGUCUGGAAUUUAGCCUCGAGUACAGCCAUGCUGGAACAUAACUGUCUUUCCAGAUAUAGCUGCUGAACAAACGCGAUGCUGG